GGGGCUCGCCGGGCGGCAGCGCCGUCCCCGGGCGCGCGGGAGUUAAAGGCUCGGCCGCCCCGGUGGGAGCGGCGCGCUUCCCACCCAAAGACCCUUUCCCGGCCGAGCCGGGCUCUCGGGUAGGAAAAAGGUGUUUCCUGUGCAUCUGCUGACACGCAGCUCCUGGGGAGGCGGCGAGGCGGGACGGCGGCCAGCGGAGGCGGCGGGGCCCCGGCGUCCGGCCGCUUCGACGGCCCCGCGGCGUUCCCCGCUCCUUCCCUCGGCGCGCCCGGGCGCCUCCUCCCGCGUUUCCUCAGGAAGAAGCCGGAGGAGGGAGGAAGAGGCCGAGCUCGCGGGAGGGAAGCGGCGGCGGCGGCGGCGGGGACGGAGGCAGGCGGCCGGCCGGCCGCGGGGGGCUCCCGGCCGGGAUGGCGCCCGCCCGGCGCAUCCUCUGCCUCCAGCUCUGGCUGUGGCUGCAGGGCUCGGCCCAGGAGCUGGACCCGGACGGCAGGAACGUGUGCCGCGCGGGCAGCCUCCCCGCGGGCCUGGCGUGCUGCCCCGGCUGGAAGCAGCAAGGACGGGAGUGCACGGCGGCUCUGUGCGAAGGCGAGGAGGCCUGCGGGGCGGACGAGGUGUGCGUGAGACCCGGCGUUUGCCUCUGCAAGCCCGGCUUCUUCGGAGCAGACUGCAGCUCCCGCUGCCCCGAGCAGUACUGGGGCCCCGACUGCAAGCGGCGCUGCCCCUGCCACCCGACCGGCACCUGCGAGGCGGCCAGCGGGCGCUGCACCUGCCUGCCCGGGCACUGGGGCGCCCGCUGCCAGUUCCCCUGCCCCUGCGGGCCCCGCGGCCGCUGCGACCCGCUCACCGGCGCCUGCCGCUGCGAGCCGGGCUGGUGGGGCCCGACCUGCGCCAAGCAGUGCCAGUGCAACCCGGCCAGCUCCCAGUGCGACCCGCUGAGCGGCCACUGCCGCUGCCUGCCCGGCUGGUGGGGCAGGAGGUGCAGCUUUAAAUGCUCCUGCAACCUCUCGCCCUGCGCCCAGGAGACGGGCAAGUGCGAGUGCAGGGCCGGGUUUUGGGGGCCGGCGUGCCAGCGGCGCUGCGACUGCCUGCACGGCGUCUGCAACCCGCUCAGCGGCCACUGCAGCUGCAGCCCCGGCUACCGCGGCAGGAGCUGCCGCGACCCGUGCCCGCCGGGGACGUACGGGCCGCAGUGCGUGCACAGCUGCGGGAGCUGCGAGGGCGGCCAGCCCUGCGCGCCGGCGGACGGGGCCUGCGCGGGCUGCCGGCCCGGCUGGAACGGCACCCUGUGCAAGGAGCGCUGCGCCGGCGGCUUCCACGGCGCGGGCUGCCGCCGGCGCUGCCCCCGCUGCCGCGCCGCGGAGGCCUGCGACUCGGAGAGCGGCGCCUGCGCCAGCUGCGAGCCCGGCUGGACGGGACCCAGCUGCAACAGCUCCUGCCCCGCGGGCACCUUCGGGGACGGGUGCCGGCAGCCCUGUCCGGACUGCGUGUCGGGGAGCUGCGACCCGGUGUCGGGAGCGUGCGUCUGCUGGGCUGGCUACUGGGGCGGCAGCUGCAACCAGACCUGCCCUGAGGGCUAUUUCGGCGUGAACUGCUCCUCCGCCUGCCGCUGCUCCCGCGGGACCUGCCACCCUGCGCAGGGCCACUGCGUUUGGAGCUCUAAGGACCACGGCGCCCUGGCAGCCGCCGUCCUCGUCCCGCUGCUGCUGCUGCUGCUCUGCGGCGCCUGCUGCUGCUGCUGCUGCUGCGGCGCCGGCCAGGCGGAUCCCCGGGACAGGGCGGCCGGGACGGACGACGGCGCGGCGUCCCGCAUGAAGCACCACGUGCGGCGGGUGCUGGCCAACCUCAGCGCCGCGAUGCCCUGCUUCUCCCUGGGCGGCUCCAAGCUUCCCAAAGUCACAGUUUCCCACCACGACGCAGAAAUCCCCUUCAACCCGAGCUUCAUCGAGCCGCCGUCCGCCGCGUGGCUCUCGGACAGCUCCUUCUCCUCCUUCGACACGGACAACGAGGCCCCGGAGUACUCGGUGCCGCCCCGGGAAGGCGUCCCCGUGCUGGCGGGGGCCCAGCUGCAGGACGGGGCGGCCCCCGCCGGCGAGGCGCUGCCGGACCCGUCGGCCUUCAGCUCCGAGGACGUGUCCCAGCCCUUCGCCAUCCCCCGCACCUCCAGCCUGGCCAAGGCCAAGCGGCCCUCCGUCUCCUUCGCCGAAGGGACCAAAUUCGGCCCCCAGGGCCGGGGCGCCGCGGCCGAGACCCCGCCGGACCGGCCGGCCGCCGGCGACAGCCCCGAGCCCCUCGCCCGGGGGGAGGAAAGCCGCCGGGCCGCCGGGUCGGGGGGCCGCCGGCGCGGGGCCGCCGGCACCAGGCAGGUGGCCCAGAGGGUGGAGGCGCUGGAGGCGGCCGCCAAAGCCGGGGGCGGCCGGGAGGCGAGGGGCAAGGAGCCGCCCGUCACCACCAUCUACGUGACGGUGGGCACGGCCGGGCGGGAGGCCGAGGCCGGCGGCGAGGGGCCGGUCCAGGCCGUGCUCAAGCGGCUGGGCAGCGCGCAGCGGGCCCGCCGGGCGGCCAAGGAGGAGCCCCCGGCCCGGAGGAGCGCCGAGGGCAUCCAGAAGCCGCCCCGGCGGGCCCUGGCCCAGCGCAGGGACUCGGCCCCGGGCUCCAAGCAGAGGGAGAGCGGCACCGGCCCCGACCCCGGCGCUGCCGCCGAGCCGCCCGCCGGCCAACGCCUCCCGGGGACGAGGCGGCCGCAGAGCGCGGCUGCGCCGGAGGGGGCCGGCGCCGAGCCGCCUCCGGGGCUGGAAGAAGCCGCGGGCCGGGCCGCCCCGGGGGAGGAAGAGCCGAAGUACGAGAACGUGAGCGCCGGCCCGGAGCAGCCGCCGGGCGUCCCCGGGAGCGCGGCCGGCACCUGAGCCCGCUGCCGCGAGCCGGAGCCUCGCCGGCGCCUCCCGUCCCGCUGCCGAGGGGGCAGUGCUGGCCGGAGCCGGACGUCUUGGAGACGCACCGGCAAAAAGACACUUCUACCCGUUUUCUGGGGGUCUCACGUUGGGCCCUCCCCGUCCCAGCCCUUUCUCCCUCGCUGAGACGCCGGGUAACGCUGCCGUGAAGCUGCUCCUGGCCGGCGGGGAUUAUCCGCGGCGCUCGGCUGGGGAGGGGCGACGGGCUGUCAGCAGCAGCUUCGGCCGAAAUUAGUUUUAGCUGCUUAUCCAGAGCACAUCUUUAAGCUCCACGUGGACGCGGAGCUGCAGCCACGUAGGAGCGAACGUGGUGGCCGGGCUGCGGGCGUGAGCUGGUGCGUCUCGCGCCCGCGCCGGCCCCACCGGGGCGAAGCCAGAGCAGAAAAAACGGCAUUUCUACGGGGCCCCCGAAGCCUUGCCGUGUCCCCACACCCCCGAGGCGCCGUUCCCGCGGCUGCGACGCGUCGGAGAGGCGACGAGCGCGAUGCAGCCCGCGGGGCUGCUGAACGGGCCCGGCACCACGGCACACGGGCCCAGGACGGGGCGGCACGCGCCGUGCCGGUCACCCACGGAGCCGGGGAGGACGUGCAGCAUGAACUGGUUUUGGAUGUAUAUAAAUAAGCUCUGUGUAGGUCUGUCCUGUUGUUUUAACUUGAAAACCCCCAAAAGAAAAUAAAAAUUUUUACUGAAGCCCGCCAGGA